GUGAUAUCUAUAAACUUAGAUAACUUCUAUCUUUUUCUCUUCUCCAAGAACGCCAAUAUAGAUAUCUUAGAGAGAUUUCCAGACCUGUGAAAGUUUCAGAAAAUGGCAGGUCUUCCUUUUCCUGGCGGUUCUAAAACCGAGAAAAUCCAUGCACAAUUUUAUGACAUAGUUGAGGAAUGCAUUGAAGACAACAUGAGCAAGGAUGAAACUGUGAGACAUCUAUGGGAUAAAUAUCUAAUCCCACAUGAAUAUACCAACAGAGUUUGGAAUCAUCUUGAAAGGACGAAUCCAGAUAGCAUACUAUGCAAUGAUCCGUUUGCGCAAUGCACAACUGCCCAAGAAUCUGCUGCUUAUGCUAAUGUUCUAGAGAACCAAAGCCUUCAAGCCUCUCAGCAGCCAGCUUAUCCGAACGACUUUUGGCAGCGGUUUAUGAAUACCUUGGGCCAGAUUCAGAGUAAUACACAGCAUUUGGAUACUUUGGGUCACAUUCAGAGUAAUACAGAGCAGGUCGUCAAACUACUGACCGAUGGACAUGUAUUUGGACCACAUCCUUCGGCUGCGGAAUCCUCCAAGAGGCAGCGAGCUGAAGAGGCAGAAGAGAGAUGUAACAGUGAAGCAGCAGCGAAGCUGCAUGAGAACGAGGAAGGUGAUGAAGAAGAACCAGAGAAACUGCACGAGAAAGAGAGGCCACAAUGAAGAAAGAGAGAAGCUGCAACUUCCACAAUAAACUCAUGGACAGUCUCGACAUCCAUGAUUGAGAGAGAGAGUUGCGAAUUUUUUUAUUGUCAACUUAUACACUACUACUAGCUACGCUGUUAUAGAAACAUUGAGGAGAAAUUUAUCUUUUUUCUGGUUAGACACAAUUGUUUGUGAUGCGUAUUCCUAUAACAAUAAAACCAAAAGAGAAGUGCAGAAAUAAAAAAAGAAUGAUGUAAUGAGAAGAAAGCAUAAGGCUGAGGAACUUGUUCAGCUAGGACUUCCAUUUCCCAGGAUUUUCUUCCAGAUUUCUGUAAUGCUCCGACCGCCCAAAGCUAAUGGGCUAUCC